GCAGCCGUCUCAGUUUUUCGGCUCACCUCGCAGUUUUGAGUUGGCUGCUGCCGGAGCAAUUUAGUUUGUAGCGUGUUUUUUCCAGCCCAGUCGCGAAACUAAAACAACUUGAAUCGACUUCGAGGACGAGGGUGAGCCGAGAAGGAUGGAGAACGGAGUCUACUAUGGGGAUGGAUACAGUGGGGAUGGGUAUAUGGAGCAGGAGGAGGAAUGGGAGCGAGAGGGACUCCUUGAUCCAGCAUGGGAAAAACAACAGAAGAAGACAUUCACGGCCUGGUGCAACAGCCACUUGCGGAAAGCUGGAACUGCCAUUGAGAAUAUCGAAGAUGAUUUCCGCAAUGGACUCAAACUCAUGCUGCUCCUCGAGGUGAUUUCGGGUGAGACACUACCAAAGCCCGAUAGAGGAAAAAUGCGCUUCCACAAGAUUGCCAAUGUGAACAAAGCUCUGGACUUUAUUGCAUCGAAGGGUGUAAAGUUGGUGUCAAUUGGCGCUGAGGAAAUUGUCGAUGGGAAUCUGAAGAUGACUUUGGGAAUGAUCUGGACCAUUAUUCUGCGCUUCGCCAUCCAGGACAUCUCGGUGGAGGAGAUGACAGCCAAGGAGGGUCUCCUGCUGUGGUGCCAGCGCAAGACGGCACCUUACAAGAAUGUCAAUGUCCAGAACUUCCAUCUCUCCUUCAAGGAUGGCUUAGCUUUCUGCGCUCUGAUUCAUCGCCAUAGACCAGAUUUGAUUGACUACAGCAAACUUUCGAAAGACAAUCCCCUGGAGAAUCUCAAUACGGCCUUCGAUGUGGCUGAGAAGUAUCUCGAUAUCCCGAGAAUGUUGGAUCCAGACGAUUUGAUCAAUACACCAAAACCGGAUGAGAGGGCUAUUAUGACAUACGUGUCGUGCUAUUAUCAUGCGUUCCAGGGCGCCCAGCAGGUUGGAAUAACUCACUUUCCUCCAUACAAUCUCAUCCACCAAUCCAACAGACAUCAAGCUGAAACAGCUGCCAAUCGCAUCUGCAAGGUGCUGAAGGUGAAUCAGGAGAAUGAACGUCUCAUGGAAGAGUACGAGAGAUUGGCCAGUGAUUUACUCGAAUGGAUUCGUCGUACGAUGCCAUGGCUCAAUUCUCGUCAGACGGACAAUUCUCUAGCCGGAGUGCAGAAGAAACUGGAGGAGUAUCGGACAUAUCGGCGUAAGCAUAAGCCACCACGUGUGGAGCAGAAGGCAAAGCUCGAGACCAACUUCAAUACGCUGCAGACGAAGCUGCGUCUGUCCAAUCGACCAGCCUAUAUGCCCACUGAGGGCAAGACUGUGUCGGACAUUUCAAAUGCAUGGAAGGGACUGGAGAAGGCUGAGAAGGCCUUUGAGGAGUGGCUAUUGGCGGAGACGAUGCGUUUGGAGCGUCUGGAGCAUCUGGCACAGAAGUUCAAGCACAAGGCGGAUACGCAUGAGGACUGGACACGCGGAAAGGAGGAGAUGCUGCAGUCGCAAGACUUCCGUCAGUGUCGUCUGAAUGAACUGAAGGCACUCAAGAAGAAGCACGAAGCCUUUGAGUCAGAUCUGGCAGCACAUCAGGAUCGUGUUGAGCAAAUUGCAGCCAUUGCUCAGGAACUCAAUACGCUGGAAUAUCAUGAUUGUCUGUCAGUUAAUGCUCGCUGCCAGCGCAUCUGCGAUCAGUGGGAUCGUCUUGGGGCGCUGACACAGCGUCGUCGGCAGGCGUUGGAUGAGGCUGAGCGUAUUCUGGAGAAGAUCGAUAUCCUGCAUCUGGAAUUUGCCAAGCGUGCAGCACCGUUCAACAAUUGGCUGGAUGGAACUCGUGAGGAUCUUGUGGAUAUGUUCAUUGUGCACACGAUGGAGGAGAUCCAGGGUCUGAUCCAGGCACACGAUCAGUUCAAGGCGACUCUCGGGGAGGCCGAUAAGGAGUACAAUCUGAUUGUUGGGCUUGUGCGUGAGGUGGAGGCCAUUGUGAAGCAACAUCAAAUCCCUGGAGGUCUGGAGAAUCCCUACACUACGCUAACAGCGGGAGAUUUGACGAGGAAGUGGGGAGAUGUUCGUGGACUGGUGCCACAGCGUGAUCAAACAUUGGCCAAUGAGUUGCGCAAGCAGCAGAAUAAUGAGAUGCUGCGCCGACAGUUUGCCGAGAAGGCCAAUGCUGUUGGUCCAUGGAUUGAACGCCAGAUGGAUGCUGUAACGGCCAUCGGUAUGGGUCUCCAGGGCUCCUUGGAGGAUCAGCUGCAUCGCCUGCGGGAGUACGAACAGGCUGUCUAUGCGUACAAGCCACACAUUGAGGAACUGGAGAAGAUCCAUCAGGCCGUACAGGAGUCCAUGAUCUUCGAGAAUCGCUACACUCACUACACCAUGGAGACACUGCGCGUGGGCUGGGAACAGCUACUGACCUCAAUCAAUCGCAAUAUCAAUGAGGUGGAGAAUCAGAUUCUGACACGAGACUCCAAGGGUAUCACGCAAGAGCAACUCAAUGAGUUCCGUUCAAGUUUCAAUCACUUCGACAAGAAUCGCUCAUGUCGCCUGGCUCCGGAUGAGUUCAAGUCGUGCCUGGUGUCUCUUGGAUACUCCAUUGGCAAGGAUAGGCAGGGUGAGAUGGACUUCCAACGCAUAAUGGCCGUUGUUGAUCCAAACAGCACUGGAUAUGUUCACUUUGACGCCUUCCUCGACUUUAUGACACGCGAAUCCACGGACACAGACACGGCAGAGCAGGUGAUAGACUCCUUCAGGAUUCUAGCAUCCGACAAGCCGUACAUCCUGCCCGAUGAGCUGCGACGUGAAUUGCCACCGGAUCAGGCUGAGUACUGUAUUCAGCGCAUGCCACCCUUCAAGGGGCCAGGUGCCGUUCCCGGAGCCCUCGACUACAUGUCCUUCAGCACGGCCCUCUACGGCGAGAGUGACUUGUAGACGGAGACUCUCCAGUGUCCAUCAAAAAUGUAACUGUCCAUUGCUGCCCUUCGUCAUCAGGCAAGCUCAAAAGGAGGAACAUACCCCCGCUCUUCCGGUGAGAGGACUUUCUUUCGCAUUCACUCGUUGCUGUGGACUGCGGGGGUGGGCUUCCUAAAGAUUUUACUUGCGCAACUUUAUAACAAAAAAAAACGAAUAUUCAGUGGGGAGAAAACAAGGAGAGUCUCAAUCUGCAGAUAAAAUUUUGUGUCAUUUUUUUUCUUCAUUCUUCUUUUCUUUGUUGUUGCAUGAAGAUGUGUUUUUUUCUCCAAUAGAGUGGAGAGUAAGAGAGAGAGAGAGGUAUCACAGGGAAUUGUGGGAGAAUCACAGCAAAAAAAAACUGAUAAAAAAUAUUGAAAGAUAAAAUCUAGAGCGAGAAUAGAAAUACAGUAAAUAAUUAGUGUCUCUAUUGAGAAAUUGUCUCUUUUAAAAUCCUCUAUUUCUUUAUUUUUGUCUGGUUUAACCAUCAUUUUCAGUUGAUUUUUUCGCGGGUAGACAAGAAUCAAUGGCUCUACCUGUCCUAUAAAUCUAAUGUGUACGAGAAAGAGGAGAGGAAUCCUGUGUAAUUUUUUUGUGUAAAAAGUACCAUUUUAUUGCUUCUGAGAGAUGUUUUUUUUUUCUUCCUUAAACUCUUCAAUGGCUUCAACAACUAGAAUUUACUUAAGAAGUUCUAUAUAGUUUUGAGACAUCUUUAUUACAGUAAAACAGAAAUAAAGAGAAAUAAUAUAAAAAAAAAUAAAGAGAAAAGAUACGAUAAUAAUGAUUAUACAACUUAUAUACAAUAUUUAAAAUUAGUAAAGAAGAAAUUUAAUAAAAUCCUCCAGUGAUUUUCUUUCAA